AUGGGCUCGGUUGGGCCUACUCUGGAGCGAACAAGGCGGGGGGCGCAGCGUUUGUCAUUUUUACCCAAUGAAAGAUGGACCCGUGUAACUCUUGGGGAUGGGUUCGGUGGCGCUGUGGCAGAGAACGGUAAAGCCUGGCUGUGGAGGAAGGGUAAUAGCAAUGGGAAGAAUGGCGACGUGAAUGUUGUCGCUGCUCGUGGGAAGAACUCUAUCAGCGUGUGCCCGGGCCUGCCUCAAAGUGUUAAGUUUUCGGCGAUAGCUGUGAGUGCUGGUCACUUUGUGGGCCUGGACCAGGACGGUGGAGUAUGGUGUCUCGGCAGCAACUCCAGGGGACAGUGUGCGGUAGAUCCUGCUAUCCAGGGGGUACUGGGUGUCGCUACACGGGUAUUCUUUGGCAAGAAGGGCCCGUAUGUGCGGGAGCCUCGUGGAGUGAGUGUAGCAGUCGGUGACUAUCAUACUAUGGUGUUGGACGACAAUGGCGAGGUCUGGUCCUGGGGUGAUGAUACUCUCUUGCAGCUCGGUCAUGGUGACACGAGGUGUGCUCCGAACAAUUCAUCCCCGCUAGAGAAUAUGAGGGAACAGAAGUCGCCCUCGCAACCACUAGUGAUUUAUGCACCCUUCCAGACUCACUUACGGUUUACUCCAACCAAAGUUGCAGAUGUGCCAACCGACUUCGACCAGCAGCAUACUCGGGAGCUCGCCCCGCAUAAUUCGGGCCUCGCUCCUGAGGGAAUCUUCGCCGGUCCGAAUACGUCAUUCCUCGUCAUCAACGACACGCCUUACGACCAUACGCCCCACGACGAACACCACGAUGCUGUCUAUGCCUGUGGCGACAACGAGAAGGGCCAGUGCGGGAGGAGUUUGCAAUAUUCGCAGCAGACCUUCAUGCGGGUCCGACUUCCGAAGCGGAUACAGGUCCAGAUGGUGCAGUGCAGUAGUGGUCAUUGUGCUGCAUGGGUUCGGAGGGUCGUCGUCGGCGGCGGCCCUACCCCGGCUGCUGGGGAGGAGGGGCCUGCGAUGAGGGACUGGGGUAUAUACACAUGGGGUGAGAACACAGCUGGAAGAGUGUCCACAACAAGACGUCAAAGAGAUGUGGUAAUACCACCUCUAGAUGUGACCAGGAACUUCCCCCGCGGUAGAGUCCGUUGGCUGGCUGUGGGUCCGUAUGGUACAGCAGUCAUUGUGAGUGAAUCGAGUAGUCCGAGAAUCACUGAGUCCGUACCCAGCACAGGGUAGUGUUGGUAGAAUGUACCAUGUACUUACUCAUGCACUAUUGAUUUCGCACCUGCUCUCUACGAGGAGCCAACGUACAUGAGCCAGCUGGGUUGAAUGAUCUACUACCACCUACUCCCUGCGGCUCUCAU